AGUGCCGAAAGCAUAGGUGUUAUAUGAGCUGCAAUUGGUUAACAUUAUAAAUAUGGUUGACAAAAUUUUUACCUGUGAAAAAUGUCCUACUUUGUGAAAAACUUACAUUUUGUUAAAAUGCAUGACGGAUCAGGUGGAUAAAUAAUUUGAAAUGAACUACAGUAAGCGCAUAGCGCUUCCUCGCUCCUCAGUCGUUACGGACAGUGAUAGUGCCAUUGGCGAAGACUUUGAUGAUGAUGGACGAAGUCACAAACGUGCUGGGGGUGGAAAAGAUAAGAUUAACCGCAAUCUUAGUGAGAAAAAGCGAAGGGAUCAGUUUAAUCUACUGGUCAAUGAACUAUGUACAAUGGUGUCAACAACAAACAAGAAGAUGGACAAAUCCACUGUCCUUAAAUCUACUAUAGCUUUUUUGAAGGACCAUCAGGAAACAACGAAUCAAGCGCAUGUACAUGAAAUAAAGGAAGAUUGGAAACCAUCUUUUUUGACCAAUGAUGAGUUCAUGCAUUUAAUGCUGGAGGCAUGUGACAGUUAUCUGUUGGUGUUCACACAGCAGGGUGUGAUCCUAUACACAUCAGAGAGUAUAACAUCCCUCCUGGGACAUCUACCUUCAGACAUGGUGAAUAAAUCGAUUUUUGACUUUGUUGGGAAACACGAAUCAGCCAACCUGCACAAUAUACUCUACAACUACAGGGUAGCUUCAGGGAAUGGAAUACCAGACUAUGAAAAAGAAGAGAAUCAGUUGUGUUUUGAGUGUAAUUUCCUGCGGGGCUCGAUAGAUCCUCGGGACCCACCUAGGUAUGAACCGGUGAUUGUUCGGGGAAGUUCACGGUACACCAACUCUUUGGUAGGAGAUGAGGAUAUGUUACAACUACCGAGCCCGAACAAGGAACAGGUGUAUUUCCUGUGUACAGUACGACUAAAAACAUCGCAGCUUGUGCGGGAAAUGUCCAUAGUUGAUGACAAUAAAGAAUUUACAUCAAGACACAGCCUUGAGUGGAAAUUUUUAUUUCUUGACCACAGAGCGCCCCCUAUAAUUGGCUACCUGCCGUUUGAAGUUCUCGGAACAUCAGGUUACGAUUAUUACCAUCCCGAUGAUCUGGAUGGAGUGACGGUGUCACAUGAGCAGUUGAUGAAGACAGGGGAGGGAACUUCAUGUUACUACAGAUUCUUGACCAAAGGCCAGCAGUGGAUCUGGUUAAAGACUCGAUUUUAUAUUACAUAUCAUCAAUGGAAUUCGAAACCAGAGUUCAUUAACUGCACCAAUACAGUUGUUAGUUAUUCAGACGUAAGAGGACAAAAGAGAAAAGAUCUAGGCAUUGCUGAGGAAGAAAUAUCUAACGUUGAAAUUGAGCCGAUGCAAUCUAUAUUUAGCAUGUCUCGAAGUCCAUCUGUUGGUUCUGUUACAUCUGCUAGUCGGUCCGACUCAAAUAUAUGUCCUGUGACAGAAAAAGAAGGCAGCGAAAACUUCCAGCCAACAUCCACAUCGCAAGUUCGAUCUCGAACUGUAUCACAACAGUUACAACAAUUCUUACACCGUCACCUACAACAGCAGCAGCAACAGCAGCAACAACAACAACAACAGUCCCAGACAAGUCCCGGUCCCCGAACUAUACAGUCGACAGCCACACACUCAACAUCAUCCACCACAUCUUUUUCAACCCUUCCUUUACAGCAUCUCCUAUACGGUCGGUCCCAGCUAACUCCGAAGUCAGACUCCCAGCACAUGAGAAUUUUACCACGUCCGUCAACCUCCAGUGUAUCUGCCCAACAAACUAGAAUACAGACACCUUCUAUCAUGGCGCCUGAUUCUCAUUCCAUAACAACAAUGGUAUCAAGCCCAUCUAUACUCAACAUAUCUCCGAUAAACAUGGCUAUGCCAGCGCCAACAAAUAUCUACAUGACACCUGUGCAAAGACAAUUACACGAGCAGUUACAGAGAAAGGCUGGUCAGGUGCAGGAUGCUAUACUUAGGCAACAAGAAGAGCUGCGGAAAAUUCAUCAACAACUUCUUUUUGCUCAAGGGAAUAUCCCAGUGCUCAAUUCUAAUACAGACAACAUGGUAGGAAUAAUGGGUGGGGAACACUCAAGAGUGAUUCAGGCGACAUCUUCCUUACCUGCAGCGCAGCAUCAACAUCAACAACAACAAUCAUUAGUCCAGCCCCCUCAGCAGGUGGAGCAACAUUCUCAAGGUGUGCCCAUGGUGGGGAUGCAUAGUGUUAUGGUGAAUCAAACACCCGUUUUACCAUUUCCAAUGCUUCCACAAGAU